AUGGACCCGGCAGCGCGUGCGACCCUGGUCGCUGCGCUCGAUGCAGUGAGCUCGGAACUGCUCCGGAAGCAGCUGACCAACAUCCUGAUCAACGACGAUGGCAUCCCUUGCACCUAUGUCGCCGUUAACCACAUGCCGGACGUUAAGCCCAAGUUCGACCUCGGGCCCCAUCUGAUCAACGCCAUUGUCAAUCCCGCCCUGACCGGCGCACUGUUGGCGGCGAGCGGCGUCUAUUUCUUCCACUUUAGCGGCAAGAACGGAGACAGGUGGUUCCUUCAAGCCGGUGUGGCCUUCGCUGUCGUUGUUUACGUUAUCAGCUCGAUCUUCCUUAUCGAAAACUUCUACACGCGGAUCCUCGGGGAAGCGCUGGGACCAACCGGCUGGCCAAUGACCUCGAUCGGCUGGCAGGUCGCGACCGUUACCGUUCUCGUGACCUUUCCGAUGGCCCUGGGUCAACUGUACUUCCUCGCGCGGACCAGCAUGUUCUUCACGCAAGGCAAGAAGCUCUUCCUCGCUAUUGGAGCCUUUCUUGUUGGCGUGCAGGUGCUGUUUGGUCUGCUGCCGGUCAGCAUUUACAUCCAGACACUCGACUACGUAGUAAUCCUCCGGAGCACGGUAAUGAGGGAAAUCAACGACUACACGGUGGUCGGAUACGUUGCGAUGAUCAUCAGCAACGAGGUCUUCUUCUCCGUGACGCUGCUGUACAAGCUGCACCAGCUGCGCCGCCACAGUUCUCUCGCAGCUGCCAACGCCGUCAUGUACAAGCUUGGCAUCCUCGCCAUCCAGUCCAACGUCUUCCUCAUCGCAUCGGGCGUGGCUGUGCUGCUCACGCACCAGAUGGGAUCGACGGGCUGGUUCCUUACCGUACUAAUUGCUCAGCACCCUCUGCACGCGCUGUUCGUCGUGGCAAAUCUCCUCUACCGACCCUCGAUCAGGGCCGAGUUGGAGCAAGGCGUCUCGGACCGCAAGGCCUCUUUGCAAACCCCACCCUUUUUCGCUAUCAGCGUCGGCGACGACAUAAAGGGACGGGCGGGGGACAAGCGGACCUCUUCGACCGCCAUAGUGACGGCACGUGCCAUGGCGGCGGCUGGAUGGAAGUACGAGGUGUCGACGACGACGUCGUCGAAAGACGAGGAGCGAGCCGACCACAUCCCGCUCUCUCCGCGCGCCGCCACACGCCGCGUCGGCGAGGCCAAAAUGUUCGCCAACAAUCGACCGGAGCGCGAGACCCAUCUACGCCAGACGCACCACUACCAACACCAUCAUCAUCACCUCGACCACGACGACCACUCACAGUCGCCGUUGGAACAGUCGCUGCGUUGCGUUUCGUCGUACAGCGACGAGGAACGUAGCACCACUAUCCCCGCGGAUCUGGGAGCAGAUUCGCACGCCCUGGCACCCGAGACGCCGUGGAGCCUGCACGCACCCCCUUCGCUUGCCAACAGCACCACGACGGCUGCUACCAAUCAGGGACCUCACCUCGACCACGACUAUCCGCUCUACGACCACCCGCUCGACGACCACGGCGGCGGCGGCGACCGUUGCGCCUCGCCCAAGCCUUCGACUCAUUACUCGUCCAACUUCUAA